ACUGAUACCAAAAGGAAAUUACUAAAAUUGUUUAAAUAAUCUUGAUAAGGUUUAUUUAGCACAUAUUCACAGUAUUAUUAUAUAAAUAUUUCUUUAAAAUGACGAUAAUUAAGCACUCAACACCUUUAAAAGGGCCCCAAUAUGUAUCCAUUGAAAAUGAAGAACUAAAUAAUAUGGCUACGACUCUUAGAAGGCCAAUUUUGGCUGGUGGACAAACAGAGUUUCAAAAAUGUAAAAAAUUUGUGACUAUGACUUUGGGCUUUGUCAUAGGUUUUAGUAUUUGCGCGUGGUUAACAAUGAAUGUUUAUCCAUUAAGAAAAACUGUCCACGUUUUGUAUUUACAAAGUAACGAACCCGCUACGUACAUAACAAAUUCGAAAUUUUUAAGUAUCGGAUUAGAUUCGUCGUUAAUCGCGGAUGGUUUUAAAAAUUUCGAUAUGCAAAACAUUCGUUUAAAAAAUAUGAUUGGAAAUUUAGGUCCGGGUUAUUUAAGGGUUGGUGGAACAUUAGCGGAUCGGUUAAGAUUCGAUCCCAAGAAUAAAGCACGCACAAAAUUAAAAUAUCCUUUAAUGCAAGACGGUGGACUUUGUUCGUUUGAGGAUUUCCAAUGUGGUCCUGCAAUACAACCAAAUUUCACAUUGUCAGGCGAAGAAUGGUUGGAGUUAUACAACUUGGCGUCCGGUACUGCCUUUGAAAUAGUUUUCGAUUUAAACGUUUUGAUACGUUUCGACAAUGGGACGUGGAAUUAUACAAACGCUAAGGAAUUGAUUGAUUUUUCAUUUAAAAAUAAAAUGAAGCUCUCUUGGGAAUUGGGAAAUGAACCUAACUCGUUUAAACAUGUUUUUAAUUACACCGUGGAUGCUAAUCAAUUAGCGGAAGAUUAUGGAAUACUUAAAGAGUUACUUCAAAACGCUGGGUAUUUAGUUCCUUUUUUGGUAGGACCAUCCAUAACUCACCCUCGCCCUGAGAAUAAAGAAAGCAUGGAAUAUUUAAGAAAUUUUUUGAAUAAUGGAGGCAAAAAUAUUGUUAAUGCUAUUACUUGGCAUCAAUAUUAUUUUAAUGGUCGAACUGCAACAAUCGAUCAAUUCGUAGAUCCGGAUAUUUUUAAUUUGCUGAUAGCGGAAACUAAUUUACUUGAAGGAAUCGUUAGUAGAGUUAGUUCUGGAAUUCCGAUAUGGCUUGGUGAAACUGCCGCCGCUUACGGAGGUGGAGCCCCAGGUUAUAAUAAUCGAUACAUUGGCACGUUUAUUUGGUUAGAUAAACUUGGAGUUGCCGCUAAAAUGGGGUUGGACGUCGUUGUGAGGCAAUCAAUUUUUAAAGGAUUUUAUGCUUUAAUAAACGGAAAAGAUUAUCAACCCACUCCAGAUUAUUGGAUUUCUGUUUUAUAUAAACUCCUCGUUGGUCCUCAAGUUUUGCCAUAUCAUGCGACGAUUCCACCUCAAGUUCGUUUAUAUUGUCAUUGUACCAAUAAAGCUUUUCAAAUCUACCCAUCAGUUACUGUUUAUGGAAUGAACAUGAAAAGUACUGAAGCUGUGAUACGUUUAGAAGGAUUUGCAAGUCCAUAUUACACAACAUAUAACAUUUACGCAUUUAUCUUAACAUCGCAUGGUACAUUAUUAUCCAAAGACAUCGAUUUAAACGAUAAAAAAUUAGAAUUAAACGAAGAAGGAACAUUACCAAUGCUAAAACCUCAAUUAUUAAGACACGAAGACCACGUGGUUAUGCCACCAUUUUCCACGGCCUUUUUUGUAAUUCCAACCCAAGAAGUUUUAACUGGUUGUAAAAGUUGGAGGGAUUAAAAAAAUUAAUAAUUUUGUCA